GACACACACUCUCUCUCUCUGUGAACCUCACUCACUGGAUCCUGAUAUUAGAGCUUCAACAAUGUCUUCAGCUGUAAUUCCUUUGACCUUGUCGGCUCCGGCCAAAUCUCCCAAGAAGAGAGCCAGGUCUGUGAAGAAGAAGACUGGUCCCACAGUGUCAGACCUGAUACUGAAGGCCAUGUCUGCGUCCUCAGGUCGCGGUGGUGUGUCCCUGGCAGCACUGAAGAAAGCUCUGAAGGCAGGUGGAUACGACGUGGUAAAGAACAAAGCCAGAAUCCUCACCGCUAUCAAACGUUUGGUGAUCAACAAAUCCCUGGUCCAAACCAAGGGCACCGGCGCAUCGGGCUCCUUCAAGCUCAACAAGAAGGCCCCCAAACCCAAAAAGAAGGUGGUUAAGAAGAAGCCGGCGGCGAAAAGGGUCAGGAAGACCAGAGCAAAGAAAGCAGCUGGUGCCACACCAACCAAGAAGUCACCAAAGAAGAAGAGGAAGGCAAAGAGUCCUAAGAAAGCCAAGAGGCCCGCUGCAGCCAAGAAGCCCAGGAAGCCAAAGAGUCCCAAGAAGACCAAACGCAAGGCCACCAAAUCUACCAGAACCAGGGGUGCAGCCAAGAAGUAAAAACUCUCAGACUGAACACUAAAUGCUGGCCAAAAGCGUUUCUGAUUGCUUUUGAUUUCUAUGUGGACUAUACCUCUGCAUUCCAAGAGCUUGAGUGUGCUUUUUAUGUUUUGUUACAGUUUUUCUAUAAUAGAAAAAUACUGAACCGCUGUUUACACUGCUCUUCCUGUCGCCAUCUGCCAUGGUCUUUACUGAAUUGACAUUGCAUUUGUGUGGAACAAUAAAACUAUUUU